GACAGAGGGGGACUCUGGCUUCCCUCCUGCCGAAGCUGAGCUGUCGGCCGCCAUGGAGGCGCUGGAGGUGAUCUGGGGCUUGCUGCGUCUCUUGCUCGCCGUGUCCCUCCUGGCGUUUGGCCUCUACUGCUGCUACCUAAAAUCAAUCCAUAUGAAAUACGAUUACAUCCCCGGCGCCCCAAGGGCUAGCUUUUUCUUUGGCCACAUUCCAAUGCUAUGGAGAACGCUGAAAAAUAAUGAAUGUGCUCAUGAGCUCUUCUUGCAAUGGGCUAAUGAAUAUGGACCCGUCUUGCGUUUUAAUGCUUUUCACAGAGUCGCAGUAUUGGUAUUAAGUCCUGAAGGAGUAAAGGAGUUCCUGAUGUUGCCACAAUACCCAAAGGAUCCAAUUUUAUAUGGACGUCUUUUUAAUUUAUGCGGUGUACGAUUUUUAGGGAAUGGCUUGGUGACUGAUCGCGAUCAUGACCAUUGGCACAAGCAGCGGAGAAUUAUGGACCCGGCCUUCAGUCGCAAUUACCUGAUGGGCUUGAUGGGGCCCUUUAAUGAGCAAACAGAAGAGCUUAUGAAGGAGCUGGAUGAAAAAGCCGACGGAGAAACUGCAGUGGAUGUGAUGAGCCUGCUGAAACGCGUGACGCUGGACAUCAUCGCAAAGGUAGCCUUUGGCCUCGAACUGAACACCCUGCAUGACGAGAGCACGCCUUUUCCGCAUGCGAUGUCCAUGAUCAUAAAAGGACUGGGUCAGUCACGCAAUCCAUCAUUUAAGUAUCUGCCAAAGUACAGGAAAGAAGUGAAAGAGGUUCAGGAGAGCUUGCUGCUGCUGCGCCGUUUUGGCAGAGAGUGUAUCGAACAGAGACGCAAAGCCAUCCAGAAUGGGGAGGAGAUCCCAUUGGAUAUUCUCACUCAGAUACUGAAGGGUGCAGCUGAGGAAGGGGACUGCGACGCUGAAAUUCUCGUGGACAAUUUCGUCACUUUCUUCAUUGCAGGUCACGAGACCACUGCCAACAUGUUGUCUUUUACCAUAUUGGAACUGGGACGGCAACCUGACAUAAUGAAGAAACUUCAGGCUGAAGUGGACGAGGUCAUUGGCGUGAAGAGAGAUGUUGCCUAUGAAAAUCUCGCGGAGCUUAAAUACUUAUCACAGGUUCUAAAAGAAUCCCUGCGGUUAUACCCACCAGCUGCAGGAACUGUCCGCUGGACAGAAAAGGAAUGUGUCAUUGAAGGAAUCAAAAUUCCAGCACAAACCACUGUAAUGUUCAGCACCUAUGUCAUGGGACGUAUGGAAAGGUUUUUCAAGGAUGCGCUGGUCUUUGAUCCUGAGCGAUUUAGCAAAGACCAGCCAAGGCCGUCCUUUUGCUAUUUCCCAUUUUCCCUGGGACCUCGUUCCUGUAUUGGGCAGAUAUUUGCACUGAUGGAGGCUAAAGUGGUGAUGGCCAAGUUCCUGCAGCGGUUUGAAUUCCAGCUAGUUCCACCCCAGAGAUUUAAGAUUCUGGACACAGGAACACUGACGCCAUUGGAUGGUGUGGUGUGUCGGCUGAAGCCACGGCGUCAGAUGGGCGGGGAAGGAAAUACUUACUAGAACGUGUUUAAAAGUGCACUUUAUACAUGGAGA